CGUAACAUGCGUCGCACGCGGGAGGAUACAUAUAAGAACUUGAGACUUGACUUGCUUGACCCCUCGCAGCCAUGGCUCCAGGACCAAACUUCAAGGACAAACUACUCGGCCACAAGGUAGUCAUCAUUGGUGGCAGCAGGGGAAUCGGCUUAGGCGUAGCAGAAGCCUUCCUCUCGUCUGGCGCACACGUUCACGUCAUCGGCUACACUGCGGCGAACGUCGACAAGGCUGUGUCACUUCUCAAAGAAGAGUAUCCUGACCCGUCUUUGUCUAUCUCGGGCUCGACCUCGGACGCCCGCGACGAGGCAGCAAUCACGGAGGCGCUACGUCAGCUUGCGCCCAUCGACCACAUCGUGUAUACAGCGGUCGACGCAAGGAUCCGCGGCCCAAUCAGCGCACUCGAUAUUGCGAAUGCGAGGGAACUCGUCGGGGUCAAGUUCUGGGGACAGGUCAUCGUGGCGAAAGUGAUCGCCAACAACGACAUCAUCAAGCCGGGAGGUUCGUACACCGUCAGCUCCGGGACGCUUAGUCUCAGGCCAGAGCCAGCGACUGCCGUUGGCAGUGCACUCAAUGCUGCGGUGAAUGCUCUCACUAAAGGUCUGGCAAUCGAUCUCGCCCCAAAGCGCGUGCGAGUGAACGCAGUCGUCCCAGGAUUCGUCACGUCAACGCAUGAAACCUUGACCCCAGAACGCGAGGCUGCUCUGAAGCAACGCGCAGACAAACUGUUGACAGGUUUCAUCGGGACGACUGAGGACAUCGCUGAGGCGUACCUCUAUCAUGCUCGGGCGAAGUAUACAACUGGGACUCUCUCUGUCGUGGACGGCGGGCUCCUGCUGGGUUAGCAUACGGAGGAAAAAUGCAUAUAUUACUUCCACCGAACUUCGAAUUACAUUGGGUGACCACCCGAUAGUAGAUAUAAAAACAGAGACGGUUCUAAA